AUGAGUCGGCCAAUGAAAUUCUGUCUUUAUUCAUCCAAUCGGCGCCUUCCAAUCGCAGGAGGAAAGAAGUCAUAUCUAUCUAUCUAUCUAUCUAUCUAUCUAUCUAUCUAUCUAUCUAUCUAUACCUCUGUUCCUGUUUAUUUAUCUAUGUCAAUCUGUUCAUAUCUAUUUCAAUUCUUUCGUAUCUAUCUCAGUUUGUUCAUAUCUAUCGCAAUCGAGUCAUAUCUAUCUAUCUAUCUAUCUAUCUAUCUAUCUAUCUAUCUAUCUAUACCGGUUUUGUUUCUCUUUCUCUUUUCCUCUCCCCUUCUUUUUGUCUUCUUUCUUUUUUCUUCUUCCUUUCUUUUUGUCUUCUUUUUUUCUUUUUUCUCCUCUUUUUCUUUCGUCUCCUUUUCUUCUUUCCUUCUUUUUGUCUUCUUUCUCUUUUCGUCUCCCCUUCUUUUUGUCUUAUUUCUCUUUUCCUCCUCCCUUCUUUUUGUCUUUUUUUUUCUUUUUUUCUCCUCUUUUUGUUUCGUCUCCUUUUCUUCUUCCCUUCUUUUUGUCUUCUUUCUCUUUUCGUCUCCUUUUCUUCUUUUUGUCUUCUUUCUCUUUUCGUCUCCCCUUCUUUUUGUCUUCUUUCUCUUUUCCUCCUCCCUUCUUUUUGUCUUCCUUUUUUCUCCUCUUUUUGUUUCGUCUCCUUUUCUUCUUUCCUUCUUUUUGUCUUCUUUCUUGUUUCGUCUCCCCUUCUUUUUGUCUUAUUUCUCUUUUCCUCCUCCCUUCUUUUUGUCUUCUUUUUUCUCCUCUUUUUGUUUCGUCUCCUUUUCUUCUUUCCUUCUUUACGUCUUCUGUCUCUUUUAUUUUUCCCUUCAUUAUAUCUUUUUACUUUUUCUUCUUUUCCAUUCUUUAUAUCACCUUAUUUCUUUUUUUUUUCGCUUCUUUAUAACUUUUUCUUUCUCUUCUUCUUUUUCCUUUUCUUUUAUCUUCUUUCUCUUCUCAUCUUCGUCUAAUUUUCUUCUUUGUCUUAUCCUUUCCCUUUUUCUUCAAUUAUUUGUCUUCUUUUUCUCUCUUUUCUUCUUUUCUGUUUACCUGCUUCUUUCUCUUUUUCUUCUUAAUUCUUUGUCUUCGUUUUUCUUUUUCCUUCCCUUUCCUUUUGUCUUCUUUCUUUUUUUUAUUCGUCUCUUCUUUUUUUCUUCUCUCACUUCUUUUUUUGUUUCAUUUCCAUAA